AUGUCCACCCGCAAGAGGAAGCAGGAUGCCGAGGAGGAGCUUGUUGCUCUCCCUUCUGACGAGUCUGAGGAGGAGGAAGAAUACCAAGAGUCUGACGCCUCAGACUUUGGUGAGGAAGAAGACUCCGAUGCGGAGGCACCUCCCCCAAAGAAGAAGACCAAGCGAUCCUCCAAGGACAAGGAUGGCGACGAAGAGGAUGAGGAUGAGGACGAGGACGAGCUAGAUGAUGACGAAGAAGCUGCCUCUGAUGUGCCUGAAGACGAGGAUGACGAGGAUGAAGACGUGGGCGACAAGUCAAAGAAGCCUGCAGGUGCUGAGAAGGAUCGCAAAGUCAAGACAACAAAGAAGGAUGAAGCUGUCCCUGUAGUUGACGACGACGACGAGGAUGACGAUUGA